CAGAAAAAACUUGCACACUUCCGACAAAUCUGCUAUACUUUUUUAGGUUUUUAAACAGAUUGUUUGCACACCCUUUGGCGUGCAACUUGCAAGCACACGUUAGAAAAAUAAAAUAGGAGGCUAUUUUUUAAAUGGCACACACAUUACCAGCGCUCCCCUAUGCGCACGAUGCUUUGGAACCCCACAUUGAUGCACAGACGAUGGAAAUCCAUCACGGCAAACACCAUCAAGGCUACGUCAACAAUCUCAAUGCUGCCUUAGAAGGGCUUGGUGCGCUCGCCAACAUGGAUAUUCACGAAUUGCUCAGCAAUAUCGACCAAGUGCCAGAAGCCAAGCGUCAAGCCGUUAUCAACAACGGUGGCGGACACGCCAAUCACUCUCUCUUCUGGUCCAUUAUGAGCCCCAACGGUGGCGAACCCGGCGGAGAAAUUGCAGCAGCGAUAACCUCCACCUUCGGAUCACUUGAAACCGCGAAAGAGCAGUUUGUUACUGCCGCAACUACACGCUUCGGUUCCGGCUGGGCAUGGCUUGUGCUCGGCGACAGCGGCUUGGAAAUCUACUCCACGGCAAAUCAGGACAGCCCGAUUAUGCAGGGACAUACCCCGCUUCUCGGAGUCGAUGUCUGGGAACACGCAUACUAUCUGAAAUAUCAGAAUCUGCGUCCAGCCUACGUUGAAGCGUGGACAAACGUCAUCAACUGGACACGGGUUAACGAACUCUACGUGGCGAACGCCUAA